GAACUAGGAAGUACUUCAAUUGAAGUAGUUAUAAUAUCCAUUCCGUCUAAGGAACACCCACCACACCAACCAUAAUCUUUAAACAAAAUUUUUAUUAAAAUAAAUUCAACAAAAAACAAAUACAAAAUCGCGUAAAAUGGCGGUAUCUCCAAUGAUGUGAAAAUCGAUGAAAUUGGGCAAAAGAAAUAAAUGGCAUUCUUCAAUUUUUAGGGAAAGAUUUUUGAUGUUUGUUGUUUAAUCAUUCCAUUGUUCCUUUGUAAGUUGCCAAGACGGAACAAUAACAUCUAUACUAGGACAACUACUACCCUUAAAAGUCAAUCUUGUUCUUGUCCUUUUUACGGGAUUACAUUAACAUUUGAUCGGCUUAAUCUUCUUUGUUCUUGGGUAAAUCUUUUUGUUCUUGGGUUAAAUCUUCAUUUUGCAUCACUUUGACUAAUACCCAAGCAUUGUGUGUUUGAUUCUUUUGCCAAUUGAAUUAAAUUUAUGCAUGAAUUGGAUUACUUAAUAAGUUCAAUAGAAUUGAACUAUUUGGUAAUAAUUAGGGAUUUUCAUACAUUGAAUUAAUUUGGGGAUUAUUGAACUAUUGAAAUCAUGAAUGUAGUAGGAAAAGUUGGAAGUUUGAUUACUCAAGGUGUGUAUUCUGUUGCUACCCCUUUUCAUCCUUUUGGGGGGGCAGUUGAUAUCAUUGUUGUUCAACAACAAGAUGGUAGUUUUAGGAGCACUCCUUGGUAUGUACAGUUUGGUAAAUUUCAAGGUGUUCUUAAGGGUGCUGAAAAAAUGGUUCAAAUAAAAGUUAAUGGUAUUGAAGCUAACUUUCAUAUGCAUCUUGAUAAUUCUGGUGAAGCUUAUUUUGUAAGAGAAGCUGUAUCAAUUGAAAAUGGUGAGGAGAAACAGGUGUUGAAGGAUGAAAGGGAACCUACUCUAGAAUAUAGUUUUAGUGUAGAUAAUAGCCAAUGUACUAUAAAUAACGAAAAUAUCGAAAAUUUUAGGUUGCAAAGUACUUUGUCUGAUCCGGGGAUCUUGUCGGAGAAUUUUUCUUCUUUCAAUAGGUUAGAAAGGAAUGACUCUGAUGCUUGUAGGUUUUAUGAUUUUCAAGAUGAUCAGUCAUUUGAUGACUCUAUGGAGCUGUCAUCUGAGUAUGGUUCUAAUCCAUAUGAGAAUAUGGAAGUUGUGGAGAAUUUUGUGGAAGCACAGGGAUCAGAUUCGGAAAUGGUUUUGGUGAGUGUAGAUGGUCACAUUUUAACAGCACCUAUCUCAUCAUCUGAGCAUAACGGUGAAAUUGUGCAACUGGAUACACCCCAAUUUCACCUAGGACCAGGUAAAGGUAAUGGGUUUUGUGAAGAAGAUAGGGAGUUUACUGUGAGUGAGACUACAUGGGAUUCUCAAUACCUUAAUGAUCUAGAGGCCUCUUCCAUUAAACCGGGUUCUUCUGAAAAUAACAAUGCUGAUUUACAUCAGGGCUUUUCCAAUACUGUUAAAAUUGAAGAACAUACCUCUGAAAAUCAAGAAAGUGAUGGGGAACAUACUCAACUUUCAGAAGUACGCCAUGACGAGGGAACUAACAAAAUAUAUGAGUUAGAAUCGUGUGAAGAAAACAAAGAAUUUACCCAUCGAGAGGCCAAACCUUCAGUAGUUUGUUUAAAUUCUAGGAACAGUCUAUGCAAAAAUGAAGAAAGUGGGGAGAUGAGUGAACAUGAAGCUGGUGGAGAUGAGAAAAUAUUGCAUGAAGACGGUGGAGUUGAGGACACGCAUCUUCCAGCAGGUUUGGACGAUGAGGAGUGUCCAAACCGAGACGAGGAUGAUAAUUGUAAUAAGCUCCAAACGAUAGAUUCCUACAUUCAUAGUGAUAUUGAAGAUACAUCUCCUAGCAGUAAGAACGAAGAUAAAUUCAGGAGCUGUUUGGAUUUGACCAGUGCUGGUGUAGACGAAACCUUGGAAAGUGAGGUAUCUACCUUGCAGUCCCAAGAAGAAGCUGAAUCUACGGAAGAAAAUUCUUUGCAGAACACUCAGUCAUUAUUAAAUAAGGAUGAUAUGCAGUUUCCAACAGAAAUAUCAGGUGAUGGUGGAUCAAUUACCAAUACUAACAUGGGAGGUGUGGUGGACUCUUCACUUUCUUUAGUUUGUGAAAACGAGAAAAGGGAGCAUAAAGACAAUACUUUCACACCUACUGAGAAUGCAUCAGUGUGUAACGAGGAGCCAGCCGCACUAAAUCCGUCAGUCAAGAUUGAUAUAUCAAAUGAAAGUGAAGAUCCUAAACAGCACACCGGCUGCUCACCCGAGAGGAUCGAAACAAAUCUCAACCCGACAAUAGAGAUCUCUCUUUGUCGUCAUCUCCUUCGUCCAGGAAUGGGAUUAGCUGCUGCUGAUGAAGCCUUUAGUGCCCAUCGCUUAUCCGAGGACGAGUUUAGAAGUACAGCGUCAUCAUUAAUUAAAAAUGAAAACCUUAUUAUCCGAUACAACGGGAAAUACUUGCCGUGGGAGCAAGCUGCUCCCAUUGUCUUGGGAAUGGCUGUGUUUGGCGUACAUCUUCCCAUUGAGUCCAAUGAUGCUAUACCAGUGGAACAGGAAGUUACAUCAAACGUCGAGCUUCCCGAUUCUGGAAGUGCUUCUGGGCGCAGAUGGAGACUCUGGCCAAUUCCAUUUCGGAGGGUGAAAACACUUCCACGUUCGACAAGUAACACCUCAGAGGAGGUGUUUGUUGACUCUGAGUCUGUUUCACGAAGCCCAUCAAUCAACCUAACUCCUACAUCUGAGAGUGGUACUCCGCUAUCAGCUACUAGUUCAAAGUCCCCUCUCAAGAAAAUUGUCAGGACUAACAUCCCCACUAAUGAGCAAAUAUCAUCAUUGAAUCUGAAGGAGGGCCAAAAUGAUGUGACUUUCAGUUUCAGUACUAGGGUCCUGGGAUUACAACAGGUUGAAGCACAUAUAUAUCUUUGGAAGUGGAAUGCGAGAAUCGUUAUAUCUGAUGUGGAUGGGACUAUUACUAGAUCUGAUGUACUUGGUCAAUUUAUGCCUUUGGUUGGAAAGGACUGGUCGCAAUCCGGUGUGGCCCGCUUGUUUUCCGCCAUUAAGGAAAAUGGAUAUCAACUACUUUUCCUGAGUGCGCGUGCAAUCGUCCAGGCUUAUCUAACCAAGAGUUUUUUGUUUAACCUUAAGCAAGAUGGAAAAACAUUGCCAAACGGACCCGUUGUUAUCUCACCUAAUGGAUUGUUUCCGUCAUUAUAUCGUGAAGUAAUCCGAAGAGCUCCUCACGAAUUCAAGAUUGCAUGCUUGGAGGACAUCAAGGCUCUCUUUCCCCCCGAUUACAAUCCAUUUUACGCGGGAUUUGGGAACAGGGAUACCGAUGAGCUUACUUAUAAAAAGAUCGGAAUACCAAAGGGCAAAAUUUUCAUAAUCAAUCCAAAGGGUGAAGUAGCUAUUAAUCAUAGAAUUGACGUGAAGUCGUAUACUUCAUUGCAUACUCUCGUGAACGAUAUGUUCCCUCCUACGUCGAUGGUUGAGCAGGUAUUAGCGUAUCCAACUAAACUUUUGAGCUGUCAGGUUUGUUUUACUCCAUUCGACUAUUCUUUUCACGACUCCAUCAUUUUCCGAUGUAUCAUUACAGGAGGAUUAUAACGCGUGGAAUUUUUGGAAGAUGCCAUUGCCAGACAUCGAUGAUUAGCGUAUGAAACAAACAUGUAUGAAAUGUUUCGUUUGAGUGGACAACUUGUCGUUUUCAAGUGAGCGACUCCAAGAUACUGGACUAUUGGAACAUGGAGGAUCGGAGUUAUGACUAAAAGAAAUAUAUGAUUGUGUUCUUUGUUGUAUCGAGAUUUUUGCGAGGAUCAAGGCGAAAGCGAUGUAAGCUUGUCCAUGUCGUGGCUAUCAAACUGUAUAUCUACGUGAUAUGACGAAUUCUUGAUUAAAUAAAAUUGUUUAGCAUUAAUCUUUGUUUACAGAACUACAAAACUAGUGAUUAUAGAGUACUUUUGAUUAAUAAAAUGGUUUAUCUGGCUCA